UCGCUCGCCAUGAUUACUGAGAAGUGAGAACUACUUCUAACUAACUGUUUCUGGUUUCUAUCUCUGCAAUAAACCAAAAGAACACUGGAACUUUCUCACCCUCCAUCUCCGUUACUUCUCUCACGUGCUCUUCCUCACCUACUCUUCGCUGCGUUUUGUGGGUUUUGAUUUUAGGAUUUGCAUAGAGGAAGAGCAGUGGUGCUAUUGUGAAGAUGAAUAUGAAGGGUCUAAUUCCGAGUCCUCCUUGUUCUUCUGCUGCUUCUUCUUCUUCGUCAUCGUCUACAUUUCUUCGUCCUCCAUGCCUCACCUCCGCUUCUCGCAGUUCCAAAUUCCCACGGCUGUCACCACAGGCAAUAUGUACCUCCCAAAGGAUAUAUCAUUGCUCUGGGGUCCAUACGGAGGCUUGUCAUAAUUCUUAUCUUUCAAAAAAUUACAUAGUCGCAAGAUUUUCUUCGGGAUGGUCUGAAACACAACCUUUAUUUUCUAAGCAAUCUCUAAAGAAGUAUUUGGUGCCAUUGGGAGCACUAGUGACGUCAAAAACUCAAGAUGCCUCUGAUACUCCUAUUGUUGGUGAUGAUAAGAUUGGAGUCUUGUUGCUGAACCUUGGAGGUCCAGAGACUCUUGAAGAUGUGCAGCCGUUCUUGUUUAACCUUUUCGCUGACCCGGAUAUUAUACGACUACCAAGGUUGUUUCGUUUUCUUCAAAAGCCCUUGGCACAAUUCAUAUCUGUUCUCAGGGCUCCGAAGAGCAAAGAAGGCUAUGCCUCAAUUGGCGGUGGUUCUCCACUUCGACAGAUAACUGAUGCGCAGGGUGAAGAGUUGAGGAAGUUCCUUUGGGCAAAGAAUGUCCCAGCUAAUGUCUAUGUUGGUAUGCGUUACUGGCAUCCAUUCACUGAAGAAGCUAUUGAACAGAUAAAGAGAGAUGGAAUUACAAAGCUUGUUGUCCUUCCACUUUAUCCUCAAUUUUCAAUAUCAACUAGUGGCUCAAGCCUUCGACUUCUGGAGAGUAUAUUCCGGGAGGAUGAAUACUUGGUCAACAUGCAGCACACAGUAAUACCUUCUUGGUACCAGCGUGAAGGGUACAUAAAGGCCAUGGCAGAUUUGAUUGAAAAGGAAUUAAUAAAUUUUGGCCACCCUGAACAGGUUAUGAUAUUCUUUAGUGCGCAUGGGGUGCCGCUUGCAUAUGUGGAAGAGGCGGGUGAUCCAUACAAGGCAGAGAUGGAGGAAUGUGUGGAUUUGAUAAUGGAAGAAUUAGAAAAAAGGAGGAUCACUAAUGCUUACACUCUUGCAUAUCAGAGCAGAGUUGGACCCGUGGAAUGGUUGAAACCCUAUACGGAUGAGACAAUAAUUGAGCUUGGGCAAAAGGGAGUGAAAAGUUUAUUAGCUGUCCCUAUUAGCUUUGUCAGUGAGCACAUUGAAACUCUAGAAGAAAUUGAUGUUGAGUAUAAAGAAUUAGCUCUAAAGUCUGGUAUAGAAAAAUGGGGACGUGUUCCUGCUCUAGGAUGCGAACCGACCUUCAUUUCAGACUUGGCAGAUGCUGUGAUUGAGAGUCUUCCUUAUGUUGGAGCUAUGGCAGUCUCAAACCUUGAAGCUCGACAGUCUUUGGUUCCCCUUGGCAGUGUAGAAGAGUUAUUGGCAGCAUAUGAUUCACAACGCAGGGAGCUACCACCACCAGUUACAAUGUGGGAAUGGGGUUGGACAAAAAGUGCCGAAACUUGGAAUGGAAGGGCAGCUAUGCUGGCAGUGCUUGUUCUAUUGGUUCUAGAAGUCACCACUGGGGAGGGUUUUCUACAUCAGUGGGGCAUAUUGCCCUCGUUUCGGUGAAUCUCUCUCUCCCGUCCCCCGCCCCUGCGACCAUGAGAAAUUAAUGUAGACAUAUGUAAAUUUUGUUUAUGCAUACUGUUGGCAUCUUUCAUACUUGUAUGGCAUUGUGUCAUGCAGCAUUAUUAUGCAUGUCACACGGGAUCAAAUUUGAGUAAUAGUCUAGUGACAACAUUGAAGUGGGUGAAAAUUUUUAUAAAAAAAAAGUGUCAUAGUGGUUUUGGUUUG